GGAUGGAUGUAAAAUAUCCAUAAACCCUUUUUAUCCUCAUCCGAGGAAUAGAUAAGAGACAAUGGUGAUAGUGAUGAAUGAUACAGUUUCUUUUCACAAGUUCAUUAUUCAAAAUGUCAUAAAAGUGAUAAAAUAUUAAUGAAUCUGCUAAAACUAGCAUUUUAACAGUUCAUGGUUAUUAUGCGAAAGCUCUAUUCAACUCAAAUGUAUUCACUAUCGAAAUAUUCGUUAUUCCACUAUCUAUGUGACAUACCAAUCAAACCUGAUAUUUGGCAUCAAUUUUUUCAAUAUAUCAUUUAUCAACAUCUUAAUUAAGAAGUCUCCUUUAGUUUUCUUGUCUAUGUAUGACGACGUUUUAGUUCUUGUCUAUUAGUCUAUAUAAACCCUGACUAUAUAUGUUGAAGCUUGCCGCUGGAAAAAAUGACCAACUACAAAAAAAAAAUGGAAAAAAGAAAAAGGGAAGAUCUUUGGCUCGAUUUCUAGUGUAUUUGCCAUCGCAUAAUAUCUAUGCAGUGCGUGAUACACACUCUCUACAUAAUCUAGUCAAAAAAAAAAAAAAAGGAAACUCGUCUACAAUUAAAGAUUAAUCACAAGUACUUUUAAACUACUAAUCUCAAAGAUAAAAGGAAAAAGAAGUAGGUCUGCUUGUGAUUAAACUAUUUAACGUCAACAAAGGCACUCUCUUUUAACUCAUUCUCGUUAUCUCUCUCUCUUAUUGCCUUUUUCUCACGUUUCUCGCUCAUUGAACUCGAGUUAGGGUUCCGAUCACAAUGAAGACCUACGACGAUGAUCUUGAGGCUACGAGGAAGAACAUGUGGUGGAGGCUCUAUGACUUGGCGGAUGUUGCGACUAAGAUGUACGAUGAAGAACAACGCAAGAAGAAAGGUAAAUCCAGGAUCGUCUCUGACUCUGAAGAAGAAGAAGACGAGAGGUUCAGAUUCUUGGAAUAUGUCCCCAGAAAGAUUAGGUCUUCGCUAAAAUACUCACAACAAAACUAUGAUCAGAAUCUUAAUGGGGCUUCUACUUCUUCUUCAUCGCUCCACCACCUUCCUUGUUUUGAGCCUUGUUCUUCACUCCAUUACAACACGGCUGAGACUAAAAGCCCUCCACCAAACCCUAAUUCUCAAUCUUACCUAACGGAGAUCAGCACAAGCCGUAAGAGGCCACAGAGAAGGAAUAGUAGUAGUGGUAAAUUCAAGAAAGCAAAGGUUACUUCUUUGCCACGGAUGGCUAGAGAGACACCGGAGUGGCUUGUCCAGGUUAUGAUAAAGAUGAAAAAAGGCGAAGAUCCGAGGCUAGUCUUUGAGAAGACUCUAUCCCCGAGUGAUGUCAAUUCAACCCAGAGCCGUCUCUUACUCCCUUUCAAUAUGCUAACCAGAAACGAUUUCUUGACACCUUCUGAGUCUCAAGCCAUGGAGAGAGAAGACAUCGAGGAAGAGAACGUUGGCGUGGGAACGAUUCUGGUGAAUGAAAAGUCUAAAAUGUGGGGUUUGCGUUUUAAGAUAUGGGUGAUGGAGAAGAAGAACUCUGGAAACGGAACCUUGAACUACGCUUUGAAUUGGGGGUGGAACGAUGUCGUCAAGGGUAAUAAUUUGAAAGAUGGUCAUGAGAUCAGUCUUUGGAGUUUUAGGUGCCGUGGAGUCCUAUGCUUUGCCCUUGAACACAGACUUCCCCGUUCCAAAAGAUUCGCUGCCUUGAUGGAAUCAUGAGUAGCCGAAAUGGAAAAACAAGAUCCUACUUUCAUGUGAUUCUGGAGGUUUUUGGUCUAGUAACUUGUUGC